AUAUUACGCUGAUCGUGUGUUUCCACCUGCUUCGGAUAUUUCUUAUAACCGUAUCUGCUCUGCGUUAGAGCUGAUUUCCAUGAGCUACAUUGCUGUUACAGAGGUACAGUAUUUUUACUAGUUGAGCCUUUACAGUAGCAAUUCAAGUCUUAUUACUGGGCGGCCUAGCUGAACAAAUUCGUCCACCAGUUUGUGCAUUAAAGUUUAUCGUCUGUUAUUAUGCGCCCAGCAUCGCAGCUAUCUGCGAUUUGGUUUUUUUAUAUUGUUUUCCUUACACUAUGUGCGAUGCUUAAAUAUUACCAUUGCAACUGUGAUGAUGUCCAACAGCGAUGUCUAUGGGUACGAGGUUAUGAUGCCCGCGUACGAUGCCACAUUAUCUGCAAUACGGAAAAAAUAUCCGCUGGUUUCGAAUCAUUUGACAGUCCUUCCGAUUUUGAACCUGGCACAGUACAUGCCGAAACAAGGAUACUCAUAUCCUUGUGAUUAUGCGUACGAGGCUAUUAUGCCCUUUGUCUCAGCAUACUAUUACCAGCAUCUGAGAGCGCUACAAAGGGAUUUGAACGAAAGUCUCCUGCUGAUCCUUGCUGUUGACUGGUGUGAUAGCGCGCAGUUGGAGCUAGCCAAAUUCACUACCGCGGCUGAUUUGCUGUUUUUGAGCUUAAGUCCCGCGAAUGGAGACUUGGAUCAGUUUCAGAAUUUCCCUACCAUGGCAGAAUUAGGAACAAUGCCCGCGGCGACCCUGGAAGCCGGUGUAGCCGCUCUUUUGCUGCAUUUCGGAUGGACCAGGAAUAUUGGUUUAUGGUGUCCGACGCAUGGUAUUUUUGUACCGGCUAUUUUUUGUGAUGCUUUCGUCCAAAGUGAACUGUACAGCAAAGUCGGUGCCAAUCAGUUCCAUGUGUUUGACCCGGAAGUAACAGAAUUUUCCCCGGUACAAUAUCGCCAGGUCCUGACCUUUAUGCGCACUCGGACGCGUGGUAAAUAUGCCCAGACCAAAGCCUCAUCGGUGCCGUUAGCUAUGAUCAUUAAUAUUUGUUUGAUUGCAGUGAUAAUUGUUUUCAUGUACCCGCAGCUUGUUCGCCAGUUCAUGAUUGUCGCCCACGAAAUGAAUAUGACAAACGGAGAAUACGUGUUCUUAACACUGGCAUUUGAUCUCGAACCCGGCGUCCCCUAUCGAAUUACAUGGAGAGAAAAUGAGGAAGACGACGGGCUGGCAUUUCAAGCUUUUCGGUCGCUUAUCGCUGUCGCAUCAUUUGGAGUACAGUGGGAUGAUUUAGGUGAUGAUUUAUUUGACGACAUUGCCCGCAUAUCUGUGGAUGUGUACAACGUAACUCUGCCUUCAGAAAAGAUCCGAAACGAAGCACCGGCUAUCAUGUACGACCUGUUGAUGAAUUUCGCUGAGGCAGUGAAUCGAUCUUGGGACAAUGCGGAGUACUUCCGGCCUCGAACGUUUGCUCAGCGCCUCAAAGACCAAAUGUACAAUCGCCCCUCGAGUGUGACCAAAUUAGCACGGGACGGUAGUGCCGCCUUCCGGGUACCCAUCCUGCGGCUCAAUACAGCGAAUGGGCAGAUGGAGACGGCUGCGGUGUUUGAUGCCGAAAACCGAACCAUCGACGUUGUCCAGCGUGACCUUUGGACAUGGCACAACCAAACCCAGUUUCCGUCCAACUAUCCAGUGUGCGGCUUUGACGGUCAACACUGCCCGGAUCAUUCAAUAAAUUUGGGACCAAUAUUUGCCGGCGUAGCACUGCUGAUUAUUAUUGCAAUAUCACUGUUCGCAGGAUGGCUGUAUCGGCGUAAAGCGAACCGCCUAAUUAUAUCGCAUAUGUUCCUGAAAGAGUCUCUGUUGACGUUCGAAUCGACAAACGAAUCCUUCGACGGAAAGCAGAUAGUGUCAUACAGCGAUAAUAGUCUUCAGAUGGAGCACCAGCCUGUUCAUUUUCUCCGUAUUUCCAGCAACACCUCCCUGAAAACCUGGUUUCGGAACAAUUCACUUACCAGUCACCUGCUGAUUAUGCACCGAUUAACCAAUGAAAACGUCGGUAUUUUCUAUGGAGCGCUUGUGAAUGCAAGCGGAAUUCCGGAUUACCUAAUGGGCGAAUAUUCAUAUCGAGGAAGUUUAUGGGAGAUAAUGACGCAGAAGAACAUUUUGAAUGAUAUGUCCAUCCGGCUAUCAUUUGUGUACGAUUUUUUAAAGGGCAUCUGUUAUAUACAUACGUCGCCGCUCCAUUAUCACGGCCAUCUGUCCAUGCGUGCCUGUUUUAUCAACAGUCGCUUUACGCUAAAAGUUGGCCAAGCUGGUUAUCAGCGACUCUUUAAUCUGUUGUCGAGUGAUACCAAAACAACAAGCGGAUCUCGAAGCGAUGAUGUUUUUCAGUUUGGGAAAAUAUGCAGCGAUGUUAUUACUUCACAAGCCACAGCAGAUACCAGAACCAAGGACAAUUUAAUUCAACUGAAUACGAUCAUCGAAAGCUGCUUAUCCACCGAUCCCUCGUUGCGUCCCACAUGCCAUAAUAUCCUACAAGUCUUUCGGAAACUGCCGAAAUUGCCGAAAAACGUCGUCGCACACAUGCUAUCGCAGCUGGACCGACAGGCGCACGAUCUGGAGGAAAAGGUCAAGAUCAAGACAGCUGAUUUGGUGGACGAGAUGCGCAAAUCCGAUUCGCUCCUUGCCGAGAUACUUCCACGAUCGAUUAUUCAGCGUCUGCGAAAUAAAGAACCCAUAACCGCGGAGUCCUUCAGCAGCGUUUCCAUUCUGUUUAGCGAUAUUCCAGCUUUUGCCGUCCUUCUACGGUGUUGCACUCCCAUUGAGUUGAUCAGCAUCCUGAACGACACUCAUUCAAAUUUCGACGGCAUCGUCCACGAUUUUAAUGCAUAUAAAGUGGAAACGAUUGGCGAUUGUUAUAUGAUCUCCAGUGGUGUACCCUUGCCGAACGUAGACCACGCUGUCGAGCUUUGCAGACUGGGUUCAGCGCUGCUGGCAGUCCCGCUCACUUUCCGGUCAGCUCAUGAUGUUGUUUUAACUGCGCGGAUCGGGAUCAAUUCAGGUCCGGUGGUUGCCGGGGUUAUCGGAACAAAGUCUCCUCGCUAUUGCCUGUUUGGAGACACCGUUAACACGGCCAGUCGGAUGGAAUCAACCGGAAGCGCUGGAAAGGUCCAUCUGAGUCCGACAACGUACGGCUUGGCUGUCCAGAAUUCCGCGCUGAAAUUUGUCAGUCGUGGGGAAAUAAGCGUAAAAGGCAAAGGCUCCAUCAACACGUACUGGUUGGAUACGGUCCCACGGCCCAACAGCGUAAUAUAAUGAACAUAAAGCCGUCUUCCGGUGCUAUUAUCGAAACGGUCGACCUUAUUCUUCAUGUCGACCCUACAGCUUAAGCGUGUCUCUAAAACCGACAAGGAAAGAGAGAAAAAGGAUUUCUGUCUACACGGCAUCCCCCCGCUGGAGCAGACUGAGCACCAGACCCCUGACGACUACAGUAGGGAUUUGAAGGCAACCAUCGAAUCCAUCGGGAUCUCUGUCAGAUUUGUCUCAAUUUAUUCUGCUAAAAAGGGUCGUAAGAAUAGUUUGUUCGCACGUGUUGGUUCUUACGCCAGUGAGUCUGAAAAAAUGUUCACGGCAGACAACUGGCCCCCUAACAUCGGGGUGCGUGAAUGGCAGUUCACCCCUAAGGAGCAGUAGUUGCCGCUGUCUCGUUUGCAUACUUAAUCAAACUUCUCUUUUCUAGUACUUAGUUCGUACUUUCACGUGAUACUUAUUAAAGGUCCA